AUCCAGAAUCCUGCUUCUGCAGACCCAAGAUAUUUCCCACCACCCGGGUUCGACGACUCCGUUCUAGGGUUUUGUCGAUUUUCGUCCAUUUUUCUUCUCUUCCCGCCGGUUGCAGAGGUGUCCCGUUACCAAAUUCGCAGGAUUAACAGGUUCUUCAUAAUCUCAACCUUCUGAACGGAGUAAAAGAGAUUAUUAUGUCGGGAAGAAAUCGUGGACCUCCGCUUCCAAUCAAGGGUGCACCACAUGGUGGUCUUCCCCCGGUUCACGAACCUCCAUUCGCUAGAGGUCUCGGUCCGAUUCCUCAUCCAGCGCUUCUGGAGGAAAUGAUGGAAGCUCAGUUCGGUCGGGGUCCGAGGCCUUUGCCGCCUCACCCCGCCAUAAUCGAAGAGAGACUCGCAGCUCAACAUCAGGAAAUUCAAGGGCUUCUGGUCGAUAACCAGAGAUUGGCUGCCACCCAUGUUGCGUUAAAGCAGGAACUGGCAGCUGCCCAGCAUGAGCUGCAACGUAUGGCUCAUGUUGCUGGCACCAUGAAUGCUGAGAAGGAGAUCCAUCUCAGAGAAGCCUAUGACAAGUCUAUGAAAUUGGAAGCUGAUCUCCGUGCUGCGGAGGCUAUGAGGGCCGAGCUCCUGCAAGUUCGUGCUGAUAUUCAGAAGCUCACUAGUGCUAGGCAAGAGCUUACCGGUCAGGUCCAAGCGCUUACUCAAGAUCUGGCUAGAGCUACUUCUGACAUACAACAAGUACCUGCCUUGAAGGCUGAAAUCGAGAGCAUGAAACAGGAAGUACAGCGAGCUAGGGCUGCCAUAGAAUAUGAGAAGAAAGGGUACGCUGAGAAUUAUGAACAAGGUCAAGCAAUGGAGAAGAAUUUGAUUUCAAUGGCUCGUGAGGUAGAAAAGCUACGUGCAGAGAUUGCAAAUGCAGAAAAAAGAGCACGCGCUGCUGCUGCUGUUGGGAACCCUGGUGCAGGUUAUAGUGGAAACUAUGGCAAUCCUGACCCUGGAUAUGGGGGAAAUCCUUAUCCUACUGGCUAUGGCAUGAAUCCUGUACAGGGUAGCGUGGAAGCUGCUCCACAGUAUGGACCUGGACCUGGACCGGGUUCUUGGAAUGCAUAUGACAUGCAGAUGCAGCGUGCUCAUGGUCGCCGAUAAUUUAGUGUGCAUGUCAUGCUAAGUUGUGGCCCCUUCAUUUUGCUCACCCAAUACUGGUACCUUAGGCUGCAACUUAGUAGAUACCUAGGCUUGGGGUUGGAAGUUUGUCUCAUGAAUGACAUUUUAACAGAUAUCAGUGCUGUUAUUUUGGAUAUUUAAAUCCUAUUUGACUUUCUAUAUUACCAAUAUGGUGCAAAUGCAAUCAUUACUUGUCUUGUUUUACUGCUUUCUAAUGCAGAUUUAUGCACCUUGUUGCUUUACUGUGCAAAGGGAUUCAACUAAAAUUCUUGACUGUUGUAAUUAUAUUCUUUUAUCAAUUAUGCUCAACAAUUUCUUUUGUUAUCUAAAGAACAGAACUUUCUUAUCUCAUUCAGUUUCCAGAAGCAAACUAUUCAGCUUUAAAAGCUGUCAACAUGUAGUUAUCAUGUACCUAUUGUGGUUGAAGCAAGUUAAAGCCUAAAAAUUUCCACUUGGAGUUCAUAGUGUAGGAAACUUGGAAAUUGAAGUUAGUGCUUUGGCUAGUUGAAGCUCCUCUGUGUUGCAUUUAAAUCAAGAGCAUUACCUGGGAAGCCUUCAUUAUUUCCAGACAGUGAAUGAUGCAAGUAUGUCUGUUGGAAGCUGUAGCACCUACUUAGAAAAACCCUAGGAUAAAAAGCAGAUGUGCCAUUGCUAGAAUGUUUCAUAACUUCCACAUUCACUUUUGCAGUAUUCAGAUUCUUGUCUCUUAUACUUGUCCAGGGACUUCUUUUUGCGUCCUGCUUCCCAUUGGUCCCCAAGGCAGCCCCGAUCAAGAAUUCCCCAUGAUUUGGAGCAUUACUUUCAUAGAAGUUGGUGUUUGUGCAUAUUAGGAUUGAGGAGUUUCUAGCAUAGAUGGAUGCCUUAAUUUAGACAUUUCGAAUUGUGGAAGAAAGGCCAUUAUCCAAUUUCGGUCCCAGCUAUCUGGGGUCUUGGGUGGGGUGGACUGGAUAUGGACUUAACCUUUGUCAUUUCUUUAGCCACAAAGUGGUAGCUCUUAGUCUUCAAUCUGCAUUCUUGCACUUGUUAGCUGGAGAUUUUAUCAUUACACUGAGCAGUGACCCUCAUUUGACUAUUACCUUAAUUAUGGUAUCCAUACCUUUGUUGUGUAAAAUGAUAUUCUAUUUAACUAUACUAGUUUAACUUCUCCAUUUUUUUAUUGGAAACCAGCUUUGUCCACCUAGGACUCACACCUCCUUUCCUGAAUAUGAGAUAAAACUAUGUUCUAGGAGCUAUGGUUUGCCCAAAUUUUCUCUUGCUGCAAUAUGUUGAGACUUUGCUCACUGUGAAAUUUUAGCUUCUAAUCAGCAAAUUAAAACUUAGUCCCAUAUAUACCAAUAAAAAUACUUUAGUCAUAUAUAUGAGUUAUACUUUCAUGAAACAACUCCCGAGUUCAAUGAAUUGAUGUUAAUGGAAAGAUUGAUUGAAAUAAUCAGAUUAAGAAGUUUUUUAGGUGUUUACUUCUAAAAUGUAUUGGUUUGAUCUUAAUUUUUCAGUUUUUCAUAAGUAUGCAAAGUUGCAAACAUAAUAUCUCGUUAUGAUAUGUAAGGGUUAAGGUAAUGAGCAUGCAAAAACAUUAAAUGCUAUUGCAAUCAUAUUGGUAUAUUCUGCUGAUAAAAAAAAUCAUAUUGGUAUAUGCUUGCUUAUAAUACAAACUACAUUUGCAUGCUUGUAUGUAAAUAAAGAACAGAGCAUGUGUGUAGAAUGUGAAUAUAGUUGGCAAGAACUAAGGAUAAACUCUCUUUUGACUAUUAACCUCAAGAUGAUCUCUUUUGAUUCUCUCACUAGGCAAAUAAGAAGCUCAAUUUUAUAAAGAAAUAUAAUAUUGAUACCAGCCUUCUAGUUACUAUAAGUGUGAUAUAAAAUGCGAUAUAGAGUCAAGAGGCUAAAAUCCAUGAGUAGUAAAUACAAGUUGUUGAUAUUUCCAAAUUAACAAAAAGUAAAAUAAUUCUAUAUCCAUUGAUUCUUAUACGAGUUAAAGUUCAUAUUAUAUAUAUGUGUGUGUGUGUGUGUGAUGCCUUGAAAAGAUUUAAGAACACAAGAACCCACAAUAAAAUACAUCAUUAUUUUGAGUCUGAACAAAAAAUUCUGCUAAUAUAUACUGCUAGUUACAUUUGUCUAUAAGUAUAAUGUGGAGACUUAGUAUAAAAAUUAAUUAUAUAAUACUACUAUGUGUAUGUUAAUAAUAUUAAUAUGCAAUAAUAAUAGAAAAUGUUCAUCUUAUGAAAAUUGUUUGUCCUUUGAUUAAUAAAUUUAUCUUUCAAUUAUCAAAGAAAAAUUGUUUAUAUUAAUCAGGCAAACCUUAACCUAUGUACUUUUAUUCCAGUAAAGAAAAUCUUAAAUAUAUAUUAUUUAAUAUCUAAAGCUUUAUUCAAUUUAUUGUGUGUUUCUGUCCUGUUUUUGUAUGUAGCUCUCUUUCUGUUCUUUCAGUUCUCUUUUCAAGCAAUGCAGCACAAGUCCAGAGUACUUCCAUCGGGUUAAGUGGACUUGGUAAUCUUGAUAUUUUGUAGCUUAUCUGGUUUUGGCCCAGUCUUGAAGUCGAUGUCUAUCAGUCAAACUGCAUUCAAUUUUUAUUCGUAGAUUUAGUAUACUUUAUGCUCCUGUUACGUUCUGUGUUGGUUAGUUGAAAAGAGCUGGUUUUGUCUAGCAUUCUAUUUCCAGUCAGUUGAAAAGAGCUGGUUUUGUCUAGUAUCUCUGUUGUUUUCUGUGUCAGCCAGUUUGAACUAAAUGGUCAUGUGUUUGUAGAUCAAGAAUAUUAGAACAGUUCUACAUGACUUGCGUCAUUAUGCUAGUAUCGGUAGCCCUAGUCCAUCUUUUUUCUUCUUUUUUGUUUUACAUGCCUUUUCCCAUUGUAGAGGUAAAUAUGUUGUCUUCAAGUGCCUUCCUAAGUAUACCUUUUUGCUCCUGCAAGAAACUGGUAUUAGGUUUUGACUGUUAGUCUGGGUGUUAUUUUAAAAGUUUAUGUGGUUUAGACAUGAGAAGCUGUUGCAAAGUCAGCAUGCUACUGAUUAGGUUCAUUAGAUGCAUCCACAUACAAAUAUGAAUGACAAGUAACCGGUAUACUACCACCUUUAGUUUUGUGGAUAAAGCAGACACUGUUCCACCUUAAAUUUUGGUUGUGUUUUUUGUGGGAUUAAUCUGUGGUCCUGGGGGAUGUGGAGGAAACUUAUUAGGACAACUAGAAUUCUAUCCAAGUCCCGUCCCUUGUAGAAGAACAGCAACAAGUAUUGUGUGCAUCUUAUUGAUUGCAUUGAGAAGGACUUUGGUCGUUGGCAAGACCUUUUCUCCAGUGAAGCCGCGGGAUAAGUUUCAUUGUCAAGUUUGAUCUUUGUGCAUGAUCAAAUGUGCCGGUUUUUCCAUUGCCUCCCUCAAUUCAAUCAGAGGCAGUGAAGAGGAACCGACUGGUUGGAACUUGGAGUGAACUACUUUCAUGGGAAGUUUUAACGUGCUUAUGUGAGGAGUCCAGCUGCCAGUUAUAACAGAGCAAGAAAAGUUUAAUUUGGCAGUGCAGAAAACCAUUAUUUACUCAAUUAACAUGGUCCUCUCUUCCGGGUUUGUCUGGAUAAAAUGGUUGCUUCUAUUCUCUUUCUGGAACAUGGUAGUUCCCAUUUCCUGCCCUGCGACAGCGAAUCAAGUUUCGUGAAAUUCAAGAUCUAUUUGUUACUCAACUUGUCACCAACUCACCAUCUCCCAUCGCUACCUUGGUAAAUACUGUAUGCAUGUAUAUUUUUUAAUGGCCGAAUUGUAGCCCAUGCUUUCUCAAACCUUAAAUAGUUACAUCACUAAAUGAUAAAACAUGGGACCCUUCAUUUUUUUGAAGGCAAUAGCCCGCCAUUUGUUUAAA